UGAGGGAGGCUUAAAAGCAAGGCUGUUUAGUUCGAAUAAAGUUAUUCGACUGCAGUUUACUGACUGCGUGAGCACACCGCUACAACGUGUUUUUAUCGCUAUUAAUAUACGUCACCACUGCCAAUACCUGACACCCGUCAGUGCGCGAUUUCUUUAAUUUUUCGAUCCAAGGUAGGCCAACUAUGGAGAAUUCUAAAAAAAGAAAAGUGACUGAAGAAAACAGAACGUUUAAUGAUACGUGGACAGAUUCAUUUGCUUUCACUGUUGACGAGACUGGUUUACCGGUAUGCUUAAUAUGCAAUGAGAAACUAGCAAACAACAAAAAGUCAAAUGUCGCAAGGCAUUUCCAGAAUAAACACGCAGCCUUUGCUCAAAAAUAUCCGGAUGGAGAUGAGAGAAAAAAAAGCCGUUUCGGAACUGAUGCGGAAGGUUGAUCUGAGCAAAAAUCAUUUCCAGAAAUGGAUGAAGUCUGGAAAAUCAACGACAUACGCCAGUUAUAUUGCCGCUCAGGAAAUAGUCAGGCACGGGAAGCAGUUUACAGAUGGUGAAUAUAUAAAAGAAUCUUUCAUUAAGAUUUCAGAACAUCUAUUCACGGACUUUAAAAACAAGAGUGAAAAUGUGCAGAAAAUCAGGGAUAUGCCCCUCUCUGCAAAGACUGUCAAAGACAGAACCAUAAAAAUGGCAGAAGACAUCACAAGACAGCAAAUUAAAGACAUCAAUUCAGCUGUGGCCUACUCGAUUGCCUGUGACGAGUCUAAAGACAAAGGUGAUAUUGAACAAAUAGCGUUGUUCUGCCGGUAUGUAAACUCUGCCGGGCCACAGGAAGAACUGAUUGAGUUGAUACCUCUAAAAGACCAAACACGGGGGGAGGACAUCUGUGAGGCUGUCUUGAAUUGUUUAAGAGCCAAAGGAAUAAAGACCACCCAUCUGGUGUCAGUAGCUACUGAUGGGGCACCGAAUAUGACGGGAACGCACAAGGGAUUUGUGGCUUUACUGCAGAAGUCGCUGGACAGAAAGCUGCUGACUUUUCACUGCAUCUUGCACCAAGAGGCACUGUGUGCUCAAACAUUUCCUCCGGAAUGCACAGAAGCAAUGGAUGUUGUCAUUCAGAUUGUCAAUAAAAUAAUGGCAAAAAGUUUAAAUCACCGUCAAUUCCGUUUGUUACUGGACGAGCUGGAAAGCGCAUAUUCUGAUCUCCUGCUGCACAACAAAGUCCGGUGGCUGUCCAAAGGGGAGGUGCUGAAACGCUUUGUUGCGUGUCUGGAAGAAGUGAAAACUUUCCUGGGCAGCAAAGGGCUCAACUUUCCUGAGCUGGAACAGCCAGAGUGGCUGGAAAAGCUACACUUCAUGGUAGACAUGACAGCGCACCUGAACACGCUGAACACAGCUCUUCAACGGGGUAAGGACGUACAGCCCUGCACAUGUUGGAGGAUGUUUUGGCAUUCGAGCGCAAGUUGACGUUGCUUGCCAGAGAUUUACAGAAAGGCACAUUGUCUCACUUCCCCAAUUUGAGAGAGUUCAAACAAGGUCACGACAUGAUAAAUUCGGAGUAUUUACAUUCUGCAAUCAUCGCAAUGCAAACAUCGUUUGGGAAACGCUUCUGUGAGUUCAGAGAGGAAAAAAAAAACACAUUAUCCUUCCCGGUCACUCCCCUAAGCAUCGAUCCAUCCCUACUAAAUACGACUGCAUUGUCAGGUGUGAGUCAACCUGAACAAGUUGACAGCUGGCUGACGUUAUUUUUGGUUUGCUGCUGGCGGCAAAUUUAAGUUUGGCGUUUUUCAUAAAUACAAGAAGGACUCAAAUAGACGUUGAGUAUUUUACUUAAAAGUAACCUUCAACCCAACGUCUUUUUUUCGGAGUUCAAAAUGUUUUUGUUGCAUGCAGAAAUGUAAUUUCAUUUUCUCUGCAGGAGUUCAUCAAUUUCAUAAAUGCAACACAUUAUAGUUUGUUUAUACAUAGCAUAAAGGCAAAACAAAACGUUGUAUGCAGUGUUAUUUCAUUUUAAAUGUCAAGCGGGUUUUGCGGCUCCCAGUGUUUUCUUUUCUGUGGGAAACGGGUCCAAGUGGCUCUUUCAGUGGUAAAGGUUGCUGACCCCUGAUCGUAGACGUUCAAUCUGAAUAGAGACCAGUGCAAAUCUUACAAAUA